ACGCGCUUGUCUCUUUCUUCUUCUUCUUCUUCUUCUUCUUCUUCUUCUUCCUCGCGCAGCCUCCAAAUUCUCCAAAACCCUCGCGUUUUCCCGCGGCUUCGCUUCCGGGGAGAGGAGAUUUUCAAAAAUAAAUUCCUCAUCCACAUCCUCCUCUUCCCCUAGCUCCUAGGCAGGGUCUCGUCUCGACUCCGAAUCUUAGGGUUUCUCCUCCCCGCUCCCCGCCGCGGGCGCCAUGGAGGCGGUGGUCGUCGACGCGGGGUCGAAGCUGCUCAAGGCCGGCAUCGCCUUGCCCGACCAGUCCCCAUCGCUGGUGAUGCCGUCGAAGAUGAAGUUGGAGGUAGAGGACGGUCAGAUGGGCGACGGCGCGGUGGUGGAGGAGGUGGUGCAGCCGGUGGUGCGUGGCUUCGUCAAGGACUGGGACGCCAUGGAGGACCUGCUCAACUACGUCCUGUACAGCAACAUUGGGUGGGAGAUUGGGGAUGAGGGCCAGAUCCUCUUCACAGAGCCGCUCUUCACACCCAAGGCACUUCGGGAGCAACUGGCGCAACUUAUGUUCGAAAAAUUCAAUGUUUCAGGCUUUUAUGACUCUGAGCAGGCUGUAUUGUCACUUUAUGCAGUUGGACGCAUUUCGGGCUGUACAGUGGACAUUGGGCAUGGGAAAAUCGAUAUUGCUCCAGUUUGUGAAGGUGCUGUUCAGCACAUAGCAUCAAAGAGAUUUGAUAUUGGAGGAACUGACUUGACAAACCUAUUUGCGGAAGAACUCAAAAAAUCUAACUCAUCGGUAAACAUUGAUAUUUCUGAUGUUGAGCGGCUGAAAGAGCAGUAUGCAUGCUGUGCAGAAGAUCAAAUGGCCUUUGAAGCUAUAGGAAGCUCAUGCCGACCAGAAAGGCACACACUUCCAGAUGGGCAGGUUAUAACAAUUGAAAAAGAACGGUACAUUGUUGGUGAAGCUUUAUUUCAACCCCACAUUUUGGGCUUAGAAGAUUAUGGAAUUGUUCAUCAGCUGGUUACAAGCGUCUCGAAUGUCACACCAGAGUACCAUCGUCAGCUGCUUGAAAACACUAUGUUAUGUGGUGGCACUGCAUCAAUGACUGGUUUUGAAGACAGGUUCCAGAGAGAAGCAAAUCUGUCUGCUUCAGCAAUCUGCCCAUCUCUUGUAAAGCCUCCAGAAUAUAUGCCCGAGAACCUAGCUAGGUACUCGGCCUGGCUGGGCGGUGCAAUAUUGGCCAAGGUCGUUUUCCCGCAAAACCAGCACGUCACCAAGGGAGACUACGACGAGACUGGUCCAUCCAUCGUUCACAAGAAGUGCUUCUGAAUAACAGCUCGCCUUGGAGGCAUGAACACCUUGCACGGGGCGUGGAUGCACGAAUCUACAGUUUACUGGCAUGUAGGGGCCUGCCUGCCCUGUGCUUCAACUCGCUGUACUAACUUCCUCUGAAGCUGCGGUUCUGAGCAAUUCAUUAGAUUCGGUUGUGCCCGCGGCUGCCAGGUCCAGUUUAGAUGGUGUUUGUUACACUUGUUACUAGCCAUUCAGGAUGCAGUAGAAUCUAACAUUGGCAUCUAUUUAUUACAAGUUGUAGAGGAUUGUACCUGGCAACGCUCGUAGGCUGCAUUCGUUUGAUUGUCCGUUCACCGAGCGUACGGAAAUCAGUUCAUUCUGUGAUUCUCCCUUCCAAUUGCUCUCUGAAUUCUGUGUAGCUGUAGUGCUGUGUAGCAAACUACAAGAAAACAAAGCUUAGCUAGAAGCGGUAUUGUUCUUCCAAGUUGAUUGGCAAUUUGAGCUGUUCUAUGAGUAAUUCCUGUC